AUGAAGUUCUCAUCAGCCUUCCUGGCCGCCGUCUCCGUCGGCGUCGCCACCGCCCAGUCAUCAACCGCCAGCUCGGCCUACCAGAGACCAAGUGAGAACCCGACAGUAAACGCCAUCACCUCUCACGGCUGCUACAACGCCAACGGCACAUCAUGGAAGAUCUACCCCGUCGACGUCACCAAGCUCAGUGUAGGAAAGUGCACGGAUGAGUGCAAAACGAACCAGAAGAAGAACGUCGCCGCUCUGAACGGAGAGGACUGCUACUGCGGUGACGACUACCCGCCCAAGAUCAACGUCGUCGACGACAAGAAGUGCAACUUUGGAUGCCCAGCAUACCCGCUGGAAGCUUGCGGUGGUGUCGAGGACGGCAUGUUCUACUCCGUCUACAACACCGGUAUCAAGAUCGUCGUCUCCGACGAGGAGCCCGCCACCACAUCCGCCUCCUCCACCGCGAAGGCCACCACAACAAACGCCGGCGGUGCCGUCGAGACCAUCGUCGAGACCCCGACGCCGCCGCCCGCCGAGACCACCGCCGCCGAGAAGAAGAGCGGCACCAACGUCGCCGGCGUCGCCGCGGGCGUUGUUGUCGGUGUUGUCGCCAUCGCUGCCAUCGUCGGCGGCAUCUUCUUCUACGUCCGCCGCAAGCGCAACGCCGAGAUCGAGGAGGAGCACCGCCGCAACGCCGCCGUCAACGCCUUCAUCGGCGGCUCCAAGCCCCCGAGCAGCAGCGGCAUGUCCAUGACCGACUCGCGCAUGGAUCCCACGCUCGCCCACCGCCGCAUGAGCGAUGGCAGCAUCGCCGACAACCAAGAUUACUCGCGGAAGAUUCUCCGAGUUACCAACGCAUGA